CAGUUGGUAUCUGACAUCAUGCAGCUGAAUAACAGGGACAGGAGAGUAUAGAGGGGCACGGAGCAGACUGAGGGCAGAUUACAGGGUGGGGCGACUGCUGGAAAGUGCACCAGCUCCUGAAGGAUACUUGUGCUCUCCUCCCAUUGGUCACAUUCCAGGGGGGCAAUGAGCAGUGAGAAGGAUCCAUCUUGUCAAUAUCGAGUUGGGUUCUCCGGAGUAAUUGAGCAAACACCAAGUUCUAAGAUCAGCUCCAAACGUGAUUAUCUGGUGGAUGCGGCCAAACAACUGCACGUGGCCCAGGAGCGAGAUGCCAACGAGGAAUAUGAGGCGGCGUUCAGUCACUAUAAGCAUGGGGUGGAGCUGCUGCUGAAUGGGGUGACAGUUGACCCAAGCAGAGAAAGGCGCGAUGCUGUGAAACGUAAGAUCUCGCAAUACUUAAAACGUGCUGAAGAAAUCUUCAACUGUCACCUACAGAGGCCUGCGGGAUACGUGUCGGGCGCAGCGGAGUUCCAGGGUUAUAGCAGCCUCAGAUUUCGGCCAAUCCGAGUCUUAAAUGGUGCAGUGGAAAACUUGAAGCGUUGCCGGGUGCUAGAGAUCAUUGAUAAGGUGCAGCUAGUCCAUGACCCGUCCUCAGCAACAACAUUCAUCCUUAAGUCUCUCAUGAAGUCCGGGCGUUCUGGUCAUGGAGCAGUCACAGUUAUUCCUCAAUGUGUCCCCUACAUGGUCCAGCUGCAAAGGUUUUAUGUGAGCGAAGAUUCUCUUUACCUGCAGCUGCAGCACAUUCCAGGAGGACGACUCUGGGGGCAUCUUGGGAAAUACCAAUCGCAUGUGGCAAAUGUCAGCUCACAACCAAGCUCUGACCUGUCCUAUUCUGGCUCUGGGGACUCCGAAGCCCAUAACAUGAACUCCGACCAGGACAGAACUCAAGCACAUAAACCUAUCAUCAGCCAGCAGAGCCGGUCUGGUUGCCCAGACAGCAAUAAUCCAGCAGAGGGAGUACCCGAGUACCAGGUCAGACUUUGGGGUGCACAGCUGAUAUUGGCAUUGGAUACGCUUCACCAGGAAGGGGUUCUGUGCAGAGACCUCAAUCCUCGCAAUCUGCUGAUGGGGGAGAAAGGUGACGUGUGCCUGACAUACUUUGGCCAGUGGCGAGAAGUUGACCAUGAAUGCUGUUCUGAGGCAGCAGAACGACUGUAUGUCGCACCAGAGGUCUUGGGAGUGGGUGCCGUGAACGAGGCCUGUGAUUGGUGGAGCUUAGGAGUUCUUCUCUAUGAGAUGCUGACUGGACAGUCUCUUUACAAGAAUCUAAUCUCGGGAGUCAGCGCUCAGACGGAGAUCCCAUUCACAGAAAAACUCAGUCCGGCUGCUGUCUCUCUACUGACAGAGCUACUGCGAUAUGAUCCUGAUCAACGACUUGGCUCUGGCCCUGGGGGUGUACAAAGGAUUAAGUCCCAUCCGUUCUUCAGUGACAUCCAAUGGAAGACGCUGGCGUGAGACGGACAAGCCCAAAGAUGCAUGUAGUCAUCAUGUGACCACAACACACAAGCAACAGUUAAGAAUGGAUCUAAACCAGCAACACAAUUUCCUGUCACUGUGAUGUCAUAUCCUGUCACAUGAUUAAUAAAGAACCAAAAUCUGGUUUUGCUCUUGG